UCAUUUUGUUAAAUAUCAUUGAAUGGGAUGAAUCGAGGUUUUUAAUUUUCUUCUCUGUAGUUCAGAGUUCUCUUGUUCUAAUAUUCUUUAUCAAAAUUUCAUAAUAAUUCUUAUUUCGUAUUAUGUAUAGUAAUUUUUGGUAAUAUUGUAGGUAUUUUAUAUUUUGUAAAUUUUCGUAGAUAUUUUUAUCAAAUUAUGUUUUACAACAAACGUAGUUGACCAAUGUCAGACGUAGUGUUACGGCUAAAAUGCCGUUCGGGAACGUUUCCAAUGACAAUUCCAUUGAAUUGUCCAAUAUCUGGUUUGAAAGAGCAGGUGUCAAUACUGAGUGAAAUUCCAGUGGCUAGCAUUAAACUGUUAUUUGGCUUUCCACCUAAGUCCAUACAAAAAUUAGAAGGUACGGUUGAAGAUGCUGGUAUUAAGUCAGGCGAUACAAUCAUAGCUGAGGUAGACUCAACUAGUGCUAGUGUCCAACAGCUCAAAGUGCAAACUGAGAGUAAUAUUCUAAAGCAUGUCACAGAACAAGAGGUAGGAGACGAAGUGCCGCUGAUUUUGCGUAAAGUUGUACCAGCUGAUAAUUCUUGUUUGUUCACCAGUAUGGGAUUUGUGUUGGGAGGUAAAAUUGAUUUGGGUAGUGGCAACUAUAUGCGUGAGAUAAUAGCUAAUGCAGUAAAAGAUAAUCAAAUAGAAUUUAGUGAAGCAGUACUUGGAAAACCAAAUGAAGAUUAUUGUGAAUGGAUUCGGAAUCCAAAUUCAUGGGGUGGUGCUAUUGAGGUGUCUAUAUUGUCUAACUUCUAUGGUAUAGAAAUUGCAGUAAUUGAUACUCAAAGUGGUUCUAUUAGUAAAUUUGGUGAAGAUAAAGACUAUCCUCACCGAGUAUUUCUUAUUUAUGACGGUAUUCAUUAUGAUCCUCUUUAUUUGGAAUCACCUUUUACUCCUGGAGAGAUUCAAACAUUAUUCCCAACAAAUGAUGAUCGCAUGUUAGACGCUGCUCAGAUGUUAGCUAAUGAAGCUAAGUCCAGUAGACAGUAUACAGAUGUAAAUCGUUUUACACUUAAGUGCCUAGAUUGUGGUUGCAUUAUGAUUGGGCAGACACAAGCACAGGAACAUGCCAAAUUAACUGCUCAUAACAAUUUUAAUGAAUACUAAUAUAUCCAUAACUUAAUAUGUAAUACUUAAAAGAGUUCAGUUGUUUUUGUCUUUAAUUAAACUUUAGUUUAUAAAUUAUUGUUUACUAUA